AUGAAGGCUCAGUUGUGGCACCUUGCACAAAGGACCACUUCACUUCCUCUUGGACGUGGGGCAUUUACUCUCGCAACCAUAUAUACACUCUUAACGGAGGCUUUUACUGUUCCAAAGCUUGUAUUAGCAGGUCGCUUGCCAGCCCAACAGAAUGCUACUGUUAAUCUCGAUCCAAACAUCAGGAACAUAAAAGAACUCAGGUCAUGGCCUGAAUUUCAUAAUGCUGUUGCUGCUGGACUGAGACUAGCCCCUCUCCAGGGAAGAAUGUCUAGAACAUGGGUUUUGUAUAACAGACCUGAGGAGCCAAAUUCUGUUCAUGCUGGACUUCUUCUUGCACUAGGAUUGCAUGGAUUUCUGCGUGUAUUAGCUGUUACUGACAUCUACCAGUAUUUUUCUCAGGAGCAUGAAAGUACCACUGUGGGAUUAAUGCUUGGCCUUGCAGCUUCUUAUGGAGGAACCAUGCAUCCAGCUAUAUCGAAGAGUAAAUCCGAGCAUGUUGGGCAGGCAUUGUCAUCUGAAUUUCCAGACCUGUGUGCAUCAUCUGACUUGUUUGCUGAACAAAUACAGUCGGCUGCUUUAAUGUCUCUGGGAAUUUUAUAUGAAGGUUCAGCUCACCCACAAACAAUGCAGGUUUUAUUGGGUGAAAUUGGGCGUCGAAGUGGAGGUGAUAAUGUUCUUGAGCGAGAGGGUCAUGCUGUUUCUGCAGGAUUUGCUUUAGGUCUUGUUGCACUGGGACGGGGAGAAGAUGCACUUGGUUUCAUUGACACGUUUGUGAAUCGCCUGUUUCUCUAUAUUGGUGACAAAGUACACAAUGAGAGAUCUCAUUUUUCAACAGUCUCAAUGGACGAAUGUCGCAGUUCUGCACAGAUGAUGGAUGGGACAACAGUCAAUAUUGAUGUCACUGCACCUGGAGCCAUCAUUGCCGUUGCUUUGAUGUUUAUGAAGACAGAAUCUGAGGCUAUUGUGUCUAGGCUUUCAAUUCCCAAUACAUUUUUUGAUUUGCAGUAUGUGAGGCCUGACUUUAUAAUGCUCAGAGUCAUUGCUCGAAAUUUAAUAAUGUGGAGCAGGGUUCAUCCCUCAAAAGAUUGGGUUUGGUCUCAAAUUCCUGAGAUCGUUAGAUGUGCUGUAGAAGGGAUUGGAGGUGAUGACAAUGAGAUUGACGAUAUGGAUGCUGAGGCUUUUAUACAGGCCUAUGUUAAUAUAAUAGCUGGAGCUUGUAUAUCACUUGGACUGGUGUUUGCUGGCACAAGAAAUGAAAAUGCACAGGAAUUACUUUAUGAAUUUGCUAUUUACUUUCUUAAUGAGAUCAAGCCUGUUUCUCCUACAAGUGAAAAGGUUUUCCCAAGGGGACUGUCUCACCACAUCGACAGGGGCACUUUGGAAACAUGCCUUCACCUUAUUGUUCUUUCUCUAUCUGUGGUGAUGGCCGGGUCUGGACAUUUACAGACCUUUCGGUUUUUGAGAUUUCUAAGAAGCAGAAAUUGUGCUGAUGGGCAGUCAAGUUAUGGUAUUCAGAUGGCAGUGGCUGGAGGUGGUUUGGUUUCUUCUGCUUGUGAAGACAAAGGGAUUUUGAAGAUUCAGAUAGCUUUUGUUAUGAUAGUAAGCUUAGCUACUGGUUUCUUGUUUCUUGGUGGUGGAAUGAGAACAUUUUCGACAACCAACCAUUCCAUUGCUGCUUUGCUAAUUACUCUAUAUCCACGCUUGCCAACUGGUCCCAACGAUAACAGAUGCCACCUUCAGGCAUUUCGCCAUCUAUAUGUACUUGCAACAGAGGCACGAUGGAUUCAAACCGUGGAUGUCGACACAGGUCUGCCUGUUUAUGCUCCUCUUGAGGUCACAGUCAGAGAAACUGAGCAUUAUGCUGAAUCCAGCUUUUGUGAGGUCACACCUUGCCUUCUGCCAGAACGAUCAAUUUUGAAAAGAAUCCGUGUUUGUGGGCCUCGCUACUGGCCUCAAGUAAUAGAAUUUACCCCUGAAGAUAAACCUUGGUGGAAUUUUGGAGACAAGAAUAAUCCAUUUAAUUCUGGUAUUCUCUUUAUCAAAAGAAAGGUUGGAGCUUGUUCAUAUGUUGAUGAUCCCAUUGGAUGCCAGUCACUGCUGUCGCGGGCAAUGCACAAGGUGUUUGGCCUGACAAGUUUGAAAGCAUCUGAUACAAUUACGGACAUUCGAAGUGGAUCUGGUUCUGGUUCUAUCACAGUUGAUCAGUUGGUCGGUACCUUCUCAUCUGAUCCUAGUUUGAUUGCCUUUGCACAACUCUGCUGUGACCCCUCUUGGUAUAAUAGAUCUGAUGUUGAUUUCAAGGAAUUUUGCUUGCAAGUAUUAUUUGAGUGUGUGAGCAAGGAUAGACCAGCUCUUUUACAGGUAUAUUUGUCAUUGUACGCAACUGUUGAAUCGAUGGCUGAACAAGUUACUAAUGGUGCCAUUGUUUUUGGUGACUCACUCUCUAUAUCUGGUUUCAAGCUUGCACUAAUAUAUAUCGAGGCAUUGAUGACUGGAAAGUUAUCUGCUCCAAAAGGAGGAAUUGUUCAACCAACAUUUGUUGGUUCGCUUAGGAAGCAGGUGGAAGAGAUCCUAAAUUGUUCUCAGGGAUUGAAGGAUGAUUUCCAUAACUACUUGAAAUUGGGAAAAUGGCCUGACGGAGAAGCCCAAGAUAAACGUUCAAUACUUCUUUCUUGGUUCCUUCAAUGGUUUGAUGUACCAGCUUCAUCUGUAAUUAGGACAGCUGUUGAAAGAGUCAAACCUAAGCUUAUGUCGUCAUCUGCAGUUCCCUUGUUGCGUCUAUUUUUUCCAAGAAUUCAUAUUCAUGUAAUCAGUGAGAUAGAUAGAUGUUUUUCAUGA